AUGAGCAGCUGUACAGAAGCAGAUAUUAUACAAAGAUGCGGAAACUACACAGAUCUCCCACCAGACUGGGGAAACGAGAAACUGACCAUAAACGAGGUCGCUCUGAUUGUUGUCGGAAUUCUAGUGGAUGUUUUGACAGCGUUUGUCUUUAUUUUCGUUCUGGUAUUCAAAUUUAAUGAGGAAGUUCGACGCUGGUUUCGUACUAGAAUGAAAGAAAAAGUUUCACCGUAUGAAAAAGUAGCAGACUACUUGCGGGGAACGGAGCUUGAACCCGGCAGUUUCAAGAGGCGGGAUCCCUCCUACUCCAUCUCUGUUGGUGAGGUUGAACAAGUAGGUGAGCUCCUGGAACGAAGACCCACAAUAAUGUCUGCGCAAGAACGGGAUAGAUCAUCCAGGUCGAGUCAAAGCGUAUAUACGUCGUCCAUUCGAACAUCUGGCAUCGAGCAAGGAGAAGAUCGGAAACCUGCCUCAUCUCUUGUCCAUUUCUACCGUUCACCCAGCAUUCGAUCCCCUCACCACAGUCCCAAACUAACCCAGCGUACAGUGCAACGCUAUCCAAAGCAUAAAAAGUCCCCAAGCCCAAAUAAACCCCAGGUACUGAAGAGACGAAAGCCACGCCCACUAAGAAGACGAGGUCGAACGAGACGUCAUCCAUCGAUCUCAGCAUUCUUACCACUCUCCCGGGCUCGGCCGAAAGAGCGACUCCUGUAUGAAUCGGACAGUGGAAGUUCAUCCCCUUCUGGAAUCAAACUGAGGCGGUUGACAGCUGCACCGGAAAUUUGUCAGACGAGGACGAUGCCAAAGUGGGACGCGAAGUGACUCGACAGCCGGUUUUUUUGAAAAUGUUUUUCACAAAAGGUUAUGAGUUAUCAAAAUGCUUUGAUAACACGACCUACUUUUUAGCCGGCGUGACAACGGUAUCAUGAAGGUUCUGAACAUCAAGCAGCAGUGGAUCCCCAAUCUCGAUGCAUCCACUGAGACAGGCGGGAAGAAUACCUGAACGGUUCACUCUCAGGAAGAGGUUAAGUGCUCUCUAUUGGAUACAACCAUUGAUUUCAUAAGGGAAACCACUAACAGGGUUCCUGAAAACCCUUAGAUAUUGUGAGUGGUUUCCUUUAUGAAAGUAUACUGCGAUAUCUCGAAUACCGUAACAACUGAAACAUGAGAUUGACUGUGUGCAGCAC